CGGUACGUGGUGGGGUAGUCUCGCCCCGAAAGUUUCGCCGGAGUACCGUCCGUUCUCGUUCGCCGGUCCCUUUCCCGUAGUUAGUGCGAAAGUACAGAUCGGCGUUCCCACACACGCACACGCGCGCGCGUGCGCGCGCGUUCGGUCGAAAGGCGUUCUCCGGGAAGGAGAGAAUAAAGACGGAGGGAAAGAAACGGAACAAGCCAGAGUGUUACACAGCAGUGUCCGGCCGCGACCAGCAAUGAGUACCACGGAUCCCACCGGGGAGGGUGGUGGAGGAGGAGGAGGAGGUGGCGCCGGAGGAGGAGGAGGAGGAGGGGGCGGUGGUGGAGGAGGCGAAGGUGUCACGACGACGACGAACGUCGAACAAACGGCAUCCCCGAGCACGCCGAUUACCGGCAGCACGAUGCCGACGCAGCCGGCUACUCAGCAGCAACAACAGCACCCGCCGCCGUCGCCCCUAAGUGGCUGUUACCUUCUCGUGGUGCUUCCUGAGCCUCAUACCGCACAACACAAGGACCUCAUCCUAAACCGCCUCGCGAAAGGUUUUCUAUCAUGGGACAAAGACAGCUGUCAUGUGGAUCUGGAGAAAGAAUUAUUGGCCUUAGUAGCACAAGCCCCCGAAGGCGAAGAAGCCAGAAACGGCGAAAGGUUGAUCCAAUAUGCCACCGAGAACCUCGUGACGGAAGUUCUCAUACACCCGCAGACGAAUACGCUGUUACAGUGCAUUCGCAACCUUCUCGCAAGCUUCACCAAACAUCGGCACAUCAUACACGCUGGAUACACAUUCGGUGGUAACGGUUCCUGGAUACUGCAGGAUGGAACCUUCAGUCUCGCAGACUUUCUGGAUGCGUUCAGUGAACAUGAGGUGCAAAGAGUCCUUCGUGCCUACGAGAAUAGUGUUACCGUAGAUAUACAUUGUGCGGGUGUCGGCGAUUGGACGACGAGUCGAUUAUCGAAGGAGACUUGUUGCAGAUCUUGCAGAGUCAGAGUGAAUCCCGACGAUGUUCUCACAGCCGGCGUGCCGGCCAUCACGAGUUUCACGAAUUACAUCGGACAGUAUCUCGUGGCGCAAACACUGGACCAGCUCAUGGAACCGUCCGACGUCGUUGGAAACAUUAGAUUUAGCCAUCCAACUUUAUACGUCUUCCCCGGUGGGCAAGGUGACGCCGCGCUUUUCGGUAUAAACGGCUUCAACAUGCUCGUCGACGGCGGCUUCGCCAGGAAAGCUUGCUUCUGGGACUUCACCAGGCAUCUGGACCGGUUGGACGCAGUUCUAGUCACUAGGAUAAAUAAUAGCAACAUCGGCGGCAUGUUCAGCGUUCUUCGCAAGAAGAAGGAGAUGCACGUCUACCCUCAGAUCGGCCAUUUCUUCUGUAACUUAGUUGAAAGAAGACAAUCAAAUUCACCGGACGGCGACAAAGACAUCGAUCCUUUGAUUUUGAAUCUCACUGACAUCGGUCAGGAGAUGGUGCUGAACCUGCGGCACAUCAAUCUCCGUGCCCACCCCUGCUACCGGGACCCCGAUCCGAUCAAUCUGUACCACAAAGUGGGUCACGGCACGCUGGACAUGUACGUCCUCAGCCCGAGCAAGGACAGUCGCGAGGUGCGCGAGUUCUUGGCGAAAUGGCACGCGUCGGACUCGAAGCUAUUCGCCGGCUCCCACAAGAAGGAUACGAACAAUCUCACAUUCCCCAUUCAAAACCUCGUGUCGAUAUGCGCGCUUUUGGUCUGGCAGCCGGCCAAUCCCGAAGACACCAUCACGCGAAUUCUCUUCCCUGGCAGCACACCACAGCACAAAAUCUUCGAAGGCUUCGAGCGGCUGAAGCACCUGGACUUCCUUAAGCACCCGGUAUGCUCGGCAAAAACGCUGUCGCCGUCGACGUCGUUGGCAACGCUCAGGGACAAGCCGGCCAAGCAGAAGCUUCUCAUCGAGAAGGAUUCGAAGAGGAUCUCGGAGCCGAGGAAAGACAAGCGAGAGACGUCAGAACCCAAGUCGAUCAAGGCCGCGGAGGAGGUGCCGAAAGGCACCCCGCAAUCUACCCCGAUUAUUCCAACGAGUAAACUUAGGUCCGAGACGAAGACGAAGAAGAUCGCCGAGAACAAGAAGAUUGAGACCGAGGUGAAGGAGACGAAGAAGAUCGAGCCCGACGCGAAGGAGAGCAAGAAGAUCGAGAAGGAGCUGAAGGAGGUGAAGAAGGAGCCGAAAAAGGAGCUGGCUAAGGAGAAGGCCGAGAAGGAUGAUAUCAAAAAGACUGACUUAAUCAAACCGGAGUCCGAGAAGACUGCGCCGAAGGAACCCAAGGAACUCAAGGAACCCAAGGAAGCCAAGGAGCCCGCCAAGCCGAGACCCGAGCCGAAGAAGAAGGAACCAAAAGAUGGCGGCAGAGCCGUGAUGAAGGCCGCGCGCGGCGAAGUGAAGCCGAAGCCAAGCGAGAAAAAAAUAAAGCCUGCGAGUAUGGAGAAAAAGGACGCUAUGAAGUCUUCCCCGACCACCCCGAAGAAAACCUUGAAUGGCGUCGCCACACGGACAGAAAUCUCCAAGGCUGUGCCGAAGGCGAAACCGGCGCCCAAGGCCGUGCCUAGUCUUCCGGCGAAGAGCGCCAAGGAAGCCAACAAUAGAAAGGUGGUGGAGCAGAAGAACAUCGAGAAGUCCGGUGUGAAGGAUACCGCGGCGGCGCCCAUGAUCAAGGUCUCGGCAAAGCCGAAGCCGAUGGAUCGCAAGCCGAUCAGCCGUCGCGCCAAACCGGUCAGCCCGAGCAAAGCUCGUAUGCCGGGCAGUCCGGCCAAGUCUACUCGCAGCACGCCGACUACUUCCGUCAAGUCGGACAAGGAUGGCGUGAUCCGCAAGGUGAAGGGCGAUAAAGGGACCACCGACUCGUCCACGGUUUCCACUCCGUCCGGUAUUGAGCCAGAGGCAGUGAAGCCAAUUGACAAGAGCUUAAUUGAGCGGUCGGAGGACAUCUCGCUGGACUCAAUAGAGAGCAAAGUGCUGGCGGACCUGAAAGAAGAACGAGAGGUCGUAGAGGAGAUUGAAGCUGUGCUUCAAAAGGCAGAGAGGAUCGAAGAGACUCGAAAAGACGAUCGUUUCGAGGGAGACGAUGAAAUUACGGCCGAAGCCACAGAUAAGAAAGAAGAGGACAUCACGGAGGAGGAUGUUACCGCUGAGAUUGAGGACGUCCCCAAAAAAGAAGGUUCCCGGAAAGAGAGCCAAGAAUUGACUGAGGAAGACGAGUACCUCAUCGUGGAGAAGGAAGAAGUCUACACCGAGGACUCUGUUCAGAGCGGCGAAGGCGAACCGAAGCAUGUCCUCGAUGAAGCUGAAUCAGAGAAGGCGAAGAUACUAAAAGACGUGGAAGAGAAGGGUGAGAAAGAGGAGCCCGAGGAGAAGGGCAAAGAUGAAAGCCCGGAGAAGAAGGCCGUUGAGAAGGCCGUAGAGAAGGAAGAGAAAGAGGUCGCUGAUCUGACCAUCGAGCACAAAGAGCAGUUGCAGGCGGAGGUAAAGGAGAUUAUAGCCUCCGCGGCCGAGAUUGUGCAAAAGGCCGAGGAGAAAGAUGACUCUGGCAAAAAGGAUAGCGAGGACAUUACGAAGGAGCCGUCCAGUCUCAGCCCAGACAAGCUGGACUCUUCGGAGAAGAAGACCACCGACACCGACCUGAAACCGGAUGUCGACCAGAAGGAGCAUGUCCUUGAAAAGAUGGAGGAAUCGCAGGAGCGAAUUUCCACCAUUGAAUCCGGAGCCACCACCACCGCGCCGACCUUACCCGAAGACGAGCGAAUACCGUUGGACGAGAUAAAGGAGGACAUCGACGAGAAGCACGUUAUCGAGGAGGUGAAAGAGAAGGACGCGCCGACGAAGCUAAAAGAAGAGAUUGUCACGGAAACUGUCCCCGUGGCUGCGAAGCCGGAAGUUAAGGUGUUCGAUGUUCGUCAGGCAAUGCAGAGCCUGCAGAGGGACAUCGUCAAGACGCCUGACGAAGUCGCCGAUCUGCCGGUCCACGAAGAAGUCGAUCCUAAACUCUACAGGAUGGAAGACUUCGAGAAGGGGAAAGAGGAGAAACCGUCCCCAAUACCACAAGAGGUCAAAGAACCGCCUACACCGCCUGUCAAGGAGCAGAAGGGUGUCUUCAGCUUCUUCGGUAAAGUUGCAGACAAGUUCGAGAAAGGUAUCGAUAAAUUAACCAAGAAGACGAAGAAGGACACCGACAAAGACUCUGAUGAAAAGUCGUCCUCGAAAUCGAGCUCCCCGAAGGAAGCGAAGGUUCAGGAAAAGACGGUUCUCGAGGAGGUUGACAUGGAGAAAAUGUUCCCCAAGGUUGGCAAGCUCACCGACAAACCUGAGACCUUCGAAGAGGCGAAACCCACGGUCACCGACGUGAAAAUGGCCGCGAUCAAAGAAACUGCGGCGUUUAUACAACAAGAAAUACAGGACGCAAGGAAGCAAAGUGUACCAGAUGCCGAAGAGAAACUACCGACCGAAAAACCGGUAGAGAUCAUCACCAAAGUCGACAUCGAGCCGGCACCGUUUAGGAAGGAAAAGUCGCCGACCAUAAUUUCGCCGGUGAAACCGCCCGAGGAUCUAGAAAUUGCAAAGGAGAUCGAGCUGCUGAAAGAAGAGGGUAUUGAGGAGGAUGCUGAAGAGGUGAAGGCUCUCCUGGAGGAAGCGUCAAAGAAAUUCAAAACCGUCAAGGAUAGCUUGAGAGAUUCUCUGGAAUCCUUGGAAGAGAAGAUCAAGGAAGAGGAAGAAAUGGCCGCGGCCUUACACGAAUUACAGCCUACCUUGACGGAUGCAGUGAAGGAUACCUUGGAAGGGGUGAUUGAAAAAUUAGAAGAGAUCACACACGUCGAAAGCCUUUCGCCCGACAUAAAGGAAGCGGAGAAAGUGAAAUUCGACAUACCGAAGGAUGAAGAUUUUGAGGAGGAAUACGAAGAGGAGGAACCGGUGAGGCCAUUCAGGGACGUGAAGGAAGCUGUCAGGGACGUCGGAGAAGUGCUCGCUGGCACUGCCGGUAUCGAAAUCGACGACAAGCCUAAGGACGUCAUAGAAAUCGUGAAGAAGGUCGCCGAGGUCCUCAAGGAGGAUGAUUUUCUGUCCCACAAGACGUUGUUCGAGGAGCCCGCUAAAAAAGAGGAGAAGGAGAUCUCACCGAUCCCGAUCGACAGGAAGCCUUCGAGAGAAGAAAUUUCGCCUGUUCCAACGGACAGGAAGCCUUCAAAGGAAGAAAUCACGCCGCUUUCGGCGGAGAAGAAGCCUUCUGUACCGAGUGGAAAGGAAUCUCCGGAGGAAGCCACUGAAGUAGUCGAGAAGGAACCCAAAGCCGACCUCAAGUCGAUCGUGAUUCCGAGGAAAGUCGGUGUUACCGAAGAAAUUCCAGUCCACGAAGAGGUCGAGGAGCUCAUCCAGGAGACCGAGAAGCCGCUCACGCCAUACGAGAAACCUGACGUUGUGAAAGAAGAACCUUGCGUGAAAGUAGCAAAGAAAGAGGAAGAUGUAAUGAUGCCGCACGCGAAGGAGGAUACCCUGAAAGACAUCAAGGGUGCUCAAAAGAUUUGCGAGGAGAUGCUAAAGGACGACGAACACAUUUGCAAGGCUGAGAUACCGGCCGAGCACGAUGUGUCUCCACAAAUGGACGUGCUGCAAGCCGGAGUCGAGACCGUGUGUGUAAAGGAGGUGGCCAAACGACCAUCUUUUGAGGACAAGCUACCGGAGAGCGAGAUAGAGCAACCCGUGAUUGGCUUCGAGCAGAAGAUGUCCCCGGCGAAGGCAGAAAUAGUAAUGGUGACGCCCGAUUCGGCACCGACCUCGCCAAAAUUCAGCACGGACAGGAUGUACGACGAAGAAUUGAAAGUGAGUCCUCCUUCGGGAAUCGCAGAGGAGCCACCAAAGUUGCCCGAUGACGUGAAGGAGGUUCUCGGCAAGGAAGCGCCCGUCGAGCAGAUUAUCGAGGAACUGAUCAUCACGAAGAAGAAGAAGAUUACUAUCGAGGUGAUCGAGUAUAUCACCGUGGUGAAGCGUAUCCCGCGGGAACGUGUGAUCUACAUAAUCGAGGAGAUUAUCAUGAAGAAGGGCUUGCCAAGGGAGAGCGUGGUGGAUGAUCCUGAGAUUCUCAAGCUGAAGGAACCGAUCACGCCGGAGAAGAGAAUGGAGGUCGAAGAGUACAUCGUUAACGAGUACAUCGUCAAGGGCAAACGAAUCACCAUACAGGUGGUCGAGGAGAUUUCAAUCAAGAAAGUCGUGCCUAAGAAAAUUGUCAUCGAGAUUAUCGAGGAGAUCAUCAUUAAGAGGAAGAUCGUCAGACAUAUGGUGUUCGACGUUCCGGACGAGGUGUUGUCGGAAAUCGUUCAGGAGGAAUCGCCGGAAGAGUCACCGGAAGAGUCGGCGGAAGAACAAGUAACGCCGAAAAUAGACAUCACGGCGAAGCGAGAAUCAGUCGUGAAGCUUCCCAGCGCCCCGGCCGAACCGGAGGAGCCGAUUAUGCUGCAGAAGCAAGCGGAAUUGGAGGAAUUCGUCGUUAACGAGUACGUUGCAAAGGGCAAAAAGAUUGACAAGUCGACGAUCGAAGAGAUCUCCGCCAAGAAGACCGUUCCUAAGCGAAUCCUCGUUGAGAUUAUCGAGGAGAUCAUCAUUAAAAAAAAGGUUCCCAGGAACACGGUACUUGAGAUCACCGAGGAGGAGAUAUCGGCGAUAAUCGCAAGGACUCCCGAAGGCGAAGAAGAAGAAGAAGAAAAAGAAAAACCGGAGGCAGAAGUCUUGGAUGAGAAGCGAAAAUCAAUCGCUGAGGUUCCUACCGCGGAGACGGAAGAGCUGGUAACUCCGCAGAAACUGGCAGAAUUCGAGGAGUACGUUGUCAAUGAAUAUGUCGCCAAGGGUGACAGCAUCACCGUUCAGAAGCUCGAAGAAAUCUGCGGCAAGUUGAAGGUGCCUAAGAGAAUCGUUAUCGAGAUUAUUGAGGAGAUCAUUAUCAAGAGAAAGAUGCCGAGGCGUGUGGUGUUCAACAUGACCGAAGAAGAAGUACUACGCAUAAUUGAAGAAGAAGAAGAAGAAGAGGAGGAGGAGAAAGAAAAGGAAGAAGAAGAGAAAGAAGAAAAAGAAAAAAAACAGUCGCCGGAACCGGAAGUGCCAGCGGCUGAGAAGAGGAAGUCAGUCGUUGAAGCAGCUAGUCCGGGCGAGGAAAAGAAACUUCCGGCUGAAACAAGAGAAGACAAGAAGAAGGCCGUGCCUGAGCCUGAAGUCGUCGAAGAUGAGUUACCUGCUACUCCUGAGGAGGAGGAGGAAGAGGAGGAGGAGAAAUUGGUGGAUGGCUUUGUCAAUGUACCCAGAAGGAUCUCCGACGGAAAGAUAGAAGUGAAGAAGAAGGAGUUGUCUCCUGUGAAAGCGGAGGUUUCGCCGCUGGCUGCGAAGGAGCACGAGAAGGACGUGAUCGACGAUUUCGAGGCGGUCGAGCAGGAGUACAAGGUACGCGACUUGCCGGUCACGUCUCCGGAGAAAGCCGACGAGAUGAGGGAGAAGGAAGACACCGAAGAGGAAGCCGCGGAGGAUACCACGAGCGAGGUGAUUGAGGCGGACGAGAAGUUCGUGCAAGAAACCAAAGAGAAAGUGGGUAAAGAGGAACCACCUCUGGUCGAGGUAGUGAAAGUUACGAAGCCCAUCGACGAGAAGCGGGAGCCCGAGGAGCCAGAGACGUCCGAAGUAUCGGACAUCGUUGACACCACGGAGAAGUACUUGGACGAAGCUAAAGAAAAGACGGACGACAUUCCACCGAAGGAGCCCAUCGCAAAGAUAGUAUCGCCGGCUCUUGACAAGGUGGAGAAACCUUUAACUGAGAAAGCAGAUGAACCCAAGGAGGUGAAAGAAAAAGAGAUACCUAAAGACGUCAUCUCCGACAAGCGACCGUCGAUUGAUGCAGUUGUCGUAUCAGAAGUUCCUUCUGCGCAAAGUCCGAUCGAUGAGAUGAAAGGAAUUGAGCCCGCAGUGAAAGAUAAAGAGACCGACGAGUCGAAAGUUACAAUGAAGGACGUGAAAUCAAAACCGACUACUCCCGUCGCAGAGAAGGCUCCCGAAGAGGUCAUGGAAGCGACGAAGCCGGAAACCAAGUUGGCAGACGCGACAGGUUUCGCGACGGAACCGAAAAUAGAUCUGCUUGAGGACGAGAAAAAACCCAAACUGCUGGAAACCACAGAGAUUAAGGAUAAGAAGAGUCCUCAAGAAGAGGCCGAAGAAGCUUCACGUAGAAAGAGGAGCGUUUCACAGGAGCCAGAAGUCGAAGCGCCAAAGGCAAAGGUUGAAGACGCUGAACUUCCCGAGAAAAUGAAGGGUGAAGCUGAGGAACUACCGAAGGACGAAGCACCAAAAGCAAAGGUUGAAGAUGCUGAGCUUGCCGAGAAGGUAAAAAUUGAAGAAGCUGAGAAAUCACUGGAGGAUCAACCGUCGAAAGUCGAUGAAGACACUGGCACCGUGAGGAGAAUGCUGGUCACAGCGAGCAGCGAAGACGGCAGGGAAGAAACUGAGAUUUGUCCCACCGGCACCAUAACCUUCACAAAGACCGUCACUCCGGACGACUCUCUUAAAGACGCGUCUGUCAAGUCUACCCCGGAAAAGGAUUCCUUACUCAUGGACAAGGAUUCGUUACACUCGGGCGUCAGCACGCCGGAGAAGGACAGCAUCUCCGAGAAAUCUCCACUUGACGCUAAGGACAAAGUCACGCCAGAGGACAGCCUGGAAAAAUCGCCCAUCGGCACUCGCGACUCGCAGGAUCUCGAGGACAGUUUGGAAAAAUCAGAGUCGCGUAAGCUGAAGGACGCCGAGAAGGAAAUCGCGGAGCCGAAGUCGCCCGUCAAGGACACGGGUGAAAUCGCAAAAGAGAAGUCCCCCGUGGAGGAAGUUGCCGAGAAGCUCGAGAAAUUAAAGUCUCCCAUCGAACUCGCUGCUGAGCAAGUAGCUGACAAGUCUAAAUCUCCCGCUGAGGAAAUCAAGGAUCAGCUCGAAAAACCGAAAUCUCCAGUUGAGGAGAUUGAAGAGAAGACGGACAGACCGAAGUCGAAAUCUCCAUCGCCGCUCGAAGAGACCGUCGAGAAGGUCGAUGGAGCGAAACCCGCCGUGGAAGCGGUAGCUAAAGAGCUCAAACCCGACGAGAGAGACAUCCCACAGGCACUCGAUAUAACGCUGGACAAAAAGACACCGCUGGAGACGAAGCCUGAGGACGCGCUAAAAGCCAAAUCGCCUCUUGAGAAGUCUCCAGCGGAAGAAGCGGUCGAGAAGCCGAUGCUUCCAAUUGAGAAAAUACUUCCAGAAGCCGAAAAGGAGAAAGCAGCUGGCAUCCCGAAGACACCCGAGUCUCUCCGUUCGGAGGACAUUUCACCGGCCGAGACGAUAUUCUCGAAAUCGCCCACGGACAAGCACGAUACGUAUUUCGCGAAAACGCCCAUUAGCGAGGAAGAUGCCACUUCCGAGGAGGUCGUUGCAAAACCAGCCGAGCCAAUGAAAGAACCCAAGCCGAUCGCGGACAAGGACGCGCCAGUAUCUCCGGCGAAAGAAAAACCAUCGAGUCCAGAGAGCAAAGACGACAAACUUCUAGACGUUGUUCCGCCGGAGAAGUCAAGGUCGCCGAGCGUGAGCAGCGAGAAACCUGACGAGAAGGAUACCUCGAGCGCCUCCAGUGAGAAAUCCGAGGGUAAGGAAUCGGUACGUUCCAAGUCCCCGCAGCAGGCCGAGUUGCUCGCCCAGCCCGAAGACAGAUCGCGCUUCCCGAGUGUCGCCAGCGUGAAGGCGGAGGAAUUGAAAUUGGCCGAACCGACCGAGGACAAGGUCGCGGGAAAGUCGCCAUCGCCCAGUGCGGCGACUGAGAAACUUCCCGAAGGAGUCACCGGAGACAAACGUCCAAGUCUAGCGGAGAGUUUAGUCGGAUCGCUCGACAAGCCGAGAUCCCCCAGUAUCAUCGAGGAUAAAGCGGACACUAUCGAGAAAAUAGGUGACGUUAAAUUAAAAUCGCCCGUAGAGUACGAGAAAGUAGCGGAAGCGAAACCGGAGCUUGCCGACGCGAUCGAACAAGCCGAGAAGCAGCCUGAAGAGAAAGAGCCGGCGGACAGAUCUAAGUCACCGAGCGUUAUUAGCGAAAAGUUCGAUGAUAAGUCUCUCGAUAAGCCUUCUAGCGUUCCAAGUGAUAGGGAAGCUGAGGAAGAGAAGGCAGGAGAGGACAAGCCGAAAUCGCCUAGUGCAAUCAGGAAAGAAACGGUCAGUGAGAAAUCGCCUAUUCUCGAGAGUGAACAUUACGAAGAAAAGGGACCAAUUGACGAAGCUAGAUCUCCGAGCGCGAUCGGCGAUCAGUCCGACGAGAAGAGGGAGGCCGACCGUUCCAAGUCACCGAGCAUAGCAACCGUGGACAAGCAACCGGAUCUUCAAGAUGCGACGGAGUGUUAUUUAGAGAAAACUAAAUCCCCUAUUUUUGAUAGGCCAGAAUCGCCUAAAGCUAUUGAUAAGACUGAAGAACCACAUGAUAAAGAUAGAUCUCCCAGCGUAGCUAGUGAUAAAUCAGAUAGCAAAAAAGUAAGUGACCGUUCUAGAUCACCAAGCAUUUGCAUAGAAAAAGUAGACCUCAAGGACAUGGACCUACCGAUCGAGAAAGCCCGGUCGCCCAGCGUCGCGAGCGUCAAGGACGACAAGGCUGAAGUUCCAAAGGACGAGCCCAAGUCUCCGCGCCUCCUCGACGAAGACAAAGCGGGGGACCUGAAGAAGGAUUCGAUGCAGCCCUCGAUAGACAAGUCGCGAUCAUCGAGCGUGGCGAGUACCGUUAGCGAACCUAAAGAGCCAACCCUCAAGGAAAAGUCACCUGUCGUCGACGACAAAGCGGAAGAACCCCUCGACAAGAGCAAGUCACCCAGUCCAGUCGAGCAAAAAUUAGACGCGGGCGAUAAAGAGCCCCGUGAGAAAUUGCCGUCUCCCAGCAUCGUCGAGCAACAGCCAAUGGAGGAAACGAGAAAGUCCCCGAGCCCCAUCGGAGAGAAAUUCGAAGAGCCCGCCGAGAAGACGAGGUCUCCGAGUGUCUCGAGCAUCGUGGCCGACAAAGACCGAUCCAAGUCGCCGAGCGUCGCGGACGAAAAAUCGGACCAGAAAGACGUCACAGAACUCGAUAAGUCGAGGUCGCCCAGCGUUGUGAGCGUCAGUACUGAGCAAAAGGAAUCGGACCGCUCCAAAUCUCCAAGCACUGUCGGCGAGAAGCCGGAUAUGAAAGAUGUCGUUGAGCCUGCAGUGGAAAAAUCCAGGUCUCCAAGCGUCAUAAGUAUCACCGGCGAACAGAAAGAGCCGACCGAUCUCUCCAAGUCUCCGAGUAUCGCCGGAGAAAAACUAGACCUGAAGGACGCAGCUGAGGCACCUCUCGAUAAGUCCAGGUCGCCCAGCGUUACCGGUGAGCAGAAGGAACCGACCGAUCUCUCUAAAUCGCCGAGUAUCGCCGAGGAGAAGCCAGACCUAAAAGACCUCGCCGAACCAGAGAAAUCCAGAUCACCCAGCACCGCGAGUGUGACCGGGGAGCAGAAGGAACCGGCUAAAUCGCCGAGCUUGCCCACGACGAAGCCAGACGAGAAGGAAACCGACGCGCCAGCGGAGAAGUCUAGGUCGCCCAGUAUCAUCAGUACCAGCAGUGAGCAGAAGGAACCGAUUGAUCUCUCCAAACCGCCCACCAUGGCUGGAGAGAAACCAGACGAUAAGGACACGACCGGACCGCCCCUGGAGAAGUCUAAAUCGCCCAGUCCUGUAAGCUUCACAGGCGACCAGAAGGAGCCAGCGGAUCGCUUAAAGUCACCGAGCAUCACCGGAGAGAAACCUGAUGUGGAGGGUGUUUUGGAACCGCUUCUGGAUAAAUCUAGAUCUCCAAGCGUUGUCAGUACUACGGAAGAACUAAAGGAGCCAGCGGAUCGCUCAAAAUCACCGAGCAUCACUGGGGAGAAACCCGACGUGAAGGAUGCUUUGGAACUGUCUUUGGAUAAGUCCAGAUCUCCAAGCGUUGUCAGUACUACGGAAGAACCAAAGGAGUCAACGGAUCGCUCAAAAUCACCGAGCAUCACUGAGGAAAAGCCCGACCUGAAGGACGCCUUAGAACCGCCUCUGGAUAAGUCUAGAUCUCCAAGCGUUGUCAGUACUACGGAGGCGCCAAAGGAGCCAGCAGAUCGCUCCAAGUCACCAAGCAUCACUGGGGAGAAACCUGACGUGAAAGAUGCCUUGGAACCAUCUCUGGAUAAGUCCAGAUCUCCAAGCGUUGUCAGUACUACGGAAGAACUAAAGGAGCCAGCGGAUCGCUCAAAAUCACCGAGUAUCACUGGGGAGAAACCCGACGUAAAGGAUGCCUUGGAACUGUCUUUGGAUAAGCCCAAAUCUCCAAGCGUUGUCAGUACUAUGGAAGAACCAAAGGAGCUAGCGGAUCGCUCAAAAUCACCGAGUAUCACUGGGGAGAAGCCCGACCUGAAGGACGCCUUAGAACCACCUCUGGAUAAGUCCAGAUCUCCAAGCGUUGUCAGUACCACGGAGGAGCCAAAGGAGCCAGCAGAUCGCUCCAAGUCACCAAGCAUCACUGGGGAGAAACCUGACGUGAAAGAUGCCUUGGAACCAUCUCUGGAUAAGUCCAGAUCUCCAAGCGUUGUCAGUACUACAGAGGAGCCAAAGGAGCCAGCGGAUCGCUCAAAGUUGCCGAGCAUCGCUGGGGAAAAGCCCGACCUGAAAGACGCCUUGGAACCGCUUCUGGAUAAAUCCAGAUCCCCGAGCGUCGUCAGUACCGCAGAGGAGCCAAAGGAGCCAGCAGAUCGCCCCAAGUCACCAAGUAUCACUGGAGAGAAGUCCGACAUUAAAGAUGCCUUGGAACCGUCUCUGGAUAAGUCCAGAUCUCCAAGCGUUGUCAGUACUACGGAGGAGCCAAAGGAGCCAACGGAUCGGUCAAAGUCGCCGAGCAUCGCUGGGGAAAAGUCCGACUUGAAGGACGCCUUGGAACCUCUUCUGGAUAAAUCCAUAUCCCCGAGCGUCGUCAGUACCGCGGAGGAGCCAAAGGAGCCAGCAGAUCGCCCCAAAUCACCAAGCAUCACUGGAGAGAAGCCCGACAUUAAGGAUGCCUUGGAACCGUCUCUGGAUAAGUCCAGAUCUCCAAGCGUUGUCAGUACUACGGAGGAGCCAAAGGAGCCAACGGAUCGGUCAAAAUCACCGAGCAUCACUGGGGAGAAACCCGACGGGAAGGAUGCUUUGGAACUGUCUUUGGAUAAGUCCAGAUCUCCAAGCGUUGUCAGUACUACGGAAGAACCAAAGGAGUCAACGGAUCGCUCAAAAUCACCGAGCAUCACUGAGGAAAAGCCCGACCUGAAGGACGCCUUAGAACCGCCUCUGGAUAAGUUUAGAUCUCCAAGCGUUGUCAGUACUACGGAGGCGCCAAAGGAGCUAGCAGAUCGCUCCAAGUCACCAAGCAUCACUGGAGAGAAACCUGACGUGAAAGAUGCCUUGGAACCAUCUCUGGAUAAGUCCAGAUCCCCGAGCGUCGUCAGCACUACAGAGGAACCAAAGGAGCCAGCAGAUGGCUCAAAGUCGCCGAGCAUCAUCGGAGAAAAGCCCGACGUGAAGGAAGCCUUGGAACCACCUCUGGGUAAAUCCAAAUCCCCAAGCGUCAUCAGCACCACAGAGGAGUCGAAGGAACCAGCGGAUCGCUCAAAGUCGCCGAGCAUCGCCGGAGAGAAACCUGACGUAAAGGACGUCACGGAGGCGACAACAGAAAAAUCGAGGUCACCUAGCGUCAUAAGUGUCACGAGCGAGCAGAAGGAGCCGCUCGAGCGUGCCAAGUCGCCGAGUAUUGCCGGAGAGAAGGCGGAUCUGGUGGAUGUAAGCUUGGAGCAGCAGGUCGAGAAGCCAACAAGCGUUCUAAGUGUUAGCGACGAUGAGGAAAAGCCGACAGACGAACGUAAGAGCCCUGUCUCCGACAGUAAACAGGAGUCGGUAGACAGAAGCAAAUCGCCGAGCGUAACGAGUGAGAAAUCCGACGACAAGAGAUCACCCGGUGACUCCAAGUCGUCGAGUAUUGCCGAGGACAAGCUUGACUUGGCGGAUGUCGCAGAGCAGCCGAUGGACAAGUCUAAGUCGCCGAGCGUCGCGAGCAUCGCGUCUGAACCGAAAGAGCCACCGGAGAAGGCCAAGUCUCCAGCCACAGACAAGAGAGACGAAGCCGAUAGGAGCAAAUCGCCGAGCGAGAAGUCCGAAGAUGCAAGGUCGACCGCCGCUUUCAAGCCAUCAAGCGUUGCCGGGGACACGGAUGACUUGAAGGACGUGUUGGAGCCGGCACUGGAUAAGUCCAGGUCGCCCAGUGUGACAAGUGAAACAGGCGGGCACAAGGAACCGGUCGAGAAGCCGGUGUCACCCACGCUCCUUCACAAAGCGGAGGAGCCGCUCGACAGAAGCAAGUCUCCGAGCGUGGCGAGCGACAAGUCCGACGGCAAGAAGUCCGCCGAGGCCUCGAAACCGACUAGCGUAACGGAGGAGAAGCCGGACCUAAAGGACGUGAUGGAGCCGCCGAUGGAGAAAUCCAGGUCGCCCAGCGUCGCGAGCGACAGAACGGACGCAACCGGGAAGCCUAUAUCACCUACGGUCUCUGACAAAUUAGAGCCUGUUGAUCUUAGCAAAUCUCCCAGCACCGUCAGCGAGAAAUCGUCGGAUGAGAAGACCUCGGACGAUAGGCUUGGUGGCAAAGAACACUACGAAGACGCUAUCGACAAGUCCCCCAGUCUCGUGGACGUAAAAAUCCCGGAGGAGAAAGACAUCGGGGAGAAACCCUUGAAGGUUUUCGAGCAACUGGACGUGAGACCGGCCGAUGACACAUCCCAGGCGCAUAAAAAGCCGCCUUCCCCGAGCAUAGUCCUUGACAAAAUGAUGGAUGAUACGCAGGAGCUCGAUAGAAUUGACAUUGAUGGCUUGCCAACGUCCGACCUGACGGACGGCUUUGGCCUGAUUGAUAAGGCGAGAUCGUUGAGCAUUAUCAGCGACAAGACUGAGCCAAAAUCACCGUCCGAGGCCUCCAAGUCGCCGAGUUUGGCCGACGAGAAGCUUGUUAAGGACAAGUCUAGAUCAUCCAGUAUCGUCAGCGAGAAGCUUGAUGCGGGCACCAAGAUCCCGCAGCCGGAGACGAAAGGAGAUCAGUCAGUCUCGCCGAGUCUAGAGGUCGGUCAAAUACCGAAAAGUGAGUCCGCUAAGUUGUCAGAGGCGAGUUCGCCGAUGGACAAGAGCCCGAAGGAGCGAUCGCGCUCGCAGAGUGUCUUCGACGUCGAGGAGAAGAGCCCGGCCAGCAGAUCUCGAACGGCCAGUCUAUUCGAAGAUAAGCUGGCCGAAAAGGUGCUUCCUCAGGAGCAGAAGGAUGCCGCUAAACCUGUUGCAACGGAGAAAGAUUCGCUCGACGAGAAAGACGGACUUAAGAGCUCACCGAAAUCGAAGAGUCCCAUAACUUCCCCUGAGGAGAUCCAAGAAGAACUCAGGAAGAUUCGCGAGAAGCGAUUCGCCGACUUCGAAGAGCCGGAGGCUGUGCAGCUGACGAAGACGGAGAGGUUGGACCACGAAGAGGAGGACGUCGUUCAAGUGACAGCCGAGAAGAAGGCCGAGAUCGAGAAAUACAUCUUGGAAGAGUUCAUUAUUCGCAAGAGAAAGAUUACUCUGACGGUGAUUGAGAAGUUGGUGAUGACGUACUUGGUGCCCCAGUUCAUCGUGAUGCAGAUCAUCGAAGACAUCAUCAGUCGGCGAAAGAUGCCGAGAAAUUCGGUCUUCGACUUCGUCGAUGAAGAAGAACCGACCAAGCAGGAGAAGUCGCCGGAAACACUCGCACCGGCGAAAGUAGUGGAGAUAGAGAAUUAUAUCGACGACGAGUUCAUCGCGAAGAAGAAGAAGAUCACGCCGGAGCUGUUGGAAGAAAUCAUCAUUCUUCGGGGACCGGGUACCCGAUCCGGAGGACCGCCGGACAGGCGCCUCCCGGCCAGCCCCAGCCUCAGCCCAGAGCUUAUUCCUUCCGACAAGUCGACCCAGGAUAGUCCAGCUCGGUCGGAACCGCACAUCGAUGAGGAGAUUCUGCUGUCCGAGGAGAAGCGGAUGGAGACGGAGAAGCUGCUGGAAGAGGAGUACAUCAAGAAGGGCAGGAAAAUCACAGAGGUGACGCUUGAAGAGAUAAUCAUUAAGACUUCUUUGCCCCGCUACAUCAUCCUGGAGAUCGUGGAAGAGAUCAUACUGAAGAGAAAAUACCCGCGGGAGUCCGUCACCGAUUUGGAGAUCUACCAGGAGGAGGAGUCGGAUGAGGACUACGAGAAGGCGAUAUAUCACGACAGGUUUGAUAGAUCGGCGGCAGGUGGCGAAUACGAGCUCUCGGACGCUAAAAAGCCUCCGGUCAAGUACAUGUACUCGGACUCGGAUGAGCAACAGUUGGACAAGUCCGGUUACAUGAUGGGCUACGAGAGUCAGUUUCACAAGGCUUUCGUCGGUGGCAUGACGGAGAUGAGGACAACGCACAUCACCACGCUUUCCGGCAAGUCUACACCGGAGUACACCACGCACGAUGCGACUCCCGAGUCCGGGGUCGAUCCUGGCGACAAAACGUCCAGUAAGCGACCGCGAGCCGCUCAGCCCACGACUGGCGCGCCGAAAGACGAGGAGGAUGGGAAACCCGGCGAAGCGAUGCGAACUUUCAGCUUAACAUCACAUGUCAGUUCGUCCGGCGAAAUUUCGAAAGAGGUUGACGAGAAGGCCACGAAACUGGGGAGACGGGAGAGCAGCGACAAGAAUGAGUCCGAAGAGCCUAUGGGGCUGCCGGAAGAUGUUGACGUAGUUCACAAGAUAAUCACGCGAGAGGUGAUCGUAGACGAGCCGGAGACGAUCACGAAGCUGGGCAAACAUGAGAUCAGCGAGCACGACAAGUCAGAAUCGAUCGACGGCGACGUGAUCGUAGUGAAAAAGGUGAUAAAACGCGAGAUGGUCGAAGUUGAAGACGAACCUGAGACUGUUAGCAAAGGAGCGACUACGUCUGGUGACGUUGAAGCUGCCGACGAUGUGAUCGUGGUGAAGAAGGUAGUGAGACGCGAAAUAGUUGAAGAACAAGAACCUGAAAAGAUGACUAAAGUGACGGAACAAACUGAACACGACGGUGACGUCAUAGUAGUGAAGAAAAUAGUAAAGCGCGAAGUGAUCGAGCAAGAAGAACCUGAAGUGGCAGGCGCCAGAGAAGUUAAACAUCCGAGCAGAGGACAAGACGAGCCCGAGGCGAUUACCAAGAUUAUUAAACGCGAAAUCGUAGAGCAUGGCGAACCGGAAGUGGUGACCAAGGUGGUAAAGCGCGAGAUCAUCGAACAAGAUGAGCCGGAGAUUAUCACAAAAGUGAUCAAGCGCGAGGUCAUUGUCCCCGACGAAGAGACGAGCGACUUCAAAGAGGACUCUGGUGAAUUCGUCAAGACGAUCACCACGAAGACUACAAAAACUAUCGUAACGGAAGAACUGUCGGACAGUGAACUGUCGCAGGCCGACCCGUCCAAGAUCUAUACAGACCCCACUUCAGGUACGGCCUACAAAGUUGUGAGCGACGAUGGUACAGCAGACUCAACGACGGCCAGCGCCGAUGUGAAGCGGAUCGUCACGACGGUGACCACGAUAACCGGCCCAGACGGCAAGGUCACCACGAAGAAAGACGUGACAGAGAGCAGCGACACCGUGGACAGCGAAGAGCUAUUGGAAAAGCUGAUCGACUCGACCUCGGCCGACAAGGUCGGUAAGCUCGCGACGGAGGCCAAAUCCGCGGAGAAGAUCGUGAAAGAGACCAUCGCGACCGUGACGUCAGGCACGUCUACGCCUGACGUGAGAACCUUCUACGAUUCCGGCAAGUCCACGCCUGAUUCCAAGCAAGAAGAUAAACCUGAAGGAGCCGCAGCCAAGGAAGCGCGCCUGGGCACGGAGAAACUCGAGCACUCGGUGUCGCCCUUGGUGCGCGAUCUGAUAUCUGACGACAAGAGCUACUCCGGCAAGUCCUCACCCGACAUGUCCUUGCCUAAGGACAUCGUCUUCAGCGGCUCCACCGGCAAGUCCACCCCGGAGAUCCCCAUGUCGCCGUUGAUCAGAGACGGCGCCGCGGUGCAGCCGCACCUCUCCGGCCGGUCGACUCCCGACAGGAGAUCCGAAGGUCGUUCAUCAACCGCCACACCGGAAGGGUUCAGAUCGGGUGAGGUGAUUCGCACCAUCAUCACCACCACGAAGACUAUCUCCGACGAGGGCGAGAUAAUCACGACCACCCGCGAGGUUACGGAGACGACCAACGAGAAGGGCGAGACGGUAGUGUUGGCGGAGAAGACCGACGUGAAGGUGGAUGAGCGUCUGCCGAGCAAGGAUGCGGCGGAGAGCGCGAUCAGCAGCAUCAUCGGUAGCAUCAAGUCCACGGAGCUGCAGCGCAGCGGCAGCCCGGGUUCCGACGAUGCGUCCAGCGAAAAAGAUCGGGGACCGGUCAGUCCGCCGAGUGACCAUAGCAGCGUGCGCAGCAAGGCCAUGACACACGUGUGGGGCAGCAGCGAAGAGAGGCACACUUAUUCCGACGACGAACCGCCCUCGUCGCCCUUGUCCUCGACUUCACAGGUAGGCUACUCCCCACAGACGACACAUCGCCAUGAUCCGACCUCCGAUAAGGAAGAGGAGCAGAAGACGGUCGAGUUUUCGGCGGCCGCGAUGAGCAGUAGCUUCUAUGGUGAAUUGCCGGCGGUACCGCCGCAGAUCUCCGCCAUGAAGACCUUCCACGGGGAGACCGGCAUGCAAAAGAGCAGCGAGCUCGGCUCCGUUCACAGCCGGUUCAUGGUCGAGAAGGAGUUCGCCGGCGGUUACGUAGAGAAGCCGGAGGCUAAGAGAUACGUCGACGAGGCCGAUCUCGACUUUGACAAGGCUCUGAUGGAGCACAAGGAGAUGAAGGAGGCCGGCGGUGCCUUCAGCAGCGGCAUCGCGCCUCGGUAUACGAAUGGUAGUCUUCGACAUGAGACGGAGGACGCAAGAGAGCACCCAUCGUCCUCCUUCCGGGACGACGCGAAGGACGAUGCCAAAGGGGACUCGAAGAAGGACCCCUUGGAAGGAUGGGGAACUCCGCUCGGCUUACCAUCUCCUAAGCCACCUAGGAAAUUCAACUUGAAGAAUCCUUCCCAGCCGUCAUGUUCGAGCGCUACGACUUCCGACAUCCUGAACUUUGACGUGGUGAAAGACUGGGGCGAGCCUCUCAGACUACCGUCUCCAGCACCGGUGACCAACGAGGUGUCGAACAAGGGCGCACCAGGCACACCGAAGAAGGAGCGGAAACAAACGAGGAAGGUGCAGUCGGAAAACAUUAAGAAUAAAAAACGCUCGGAAAGCCCGGGAAAAAACGAAAAGAAGAUGAAGGACUCGAAGAACAAGGUUCAGCCGGUCUACAUGGACUUGGCGUAUGUUCCGCAUCAUGGCAAUUCGUACUACACCUCGUUGGAAUUCUUCAAGAGAGUGCGGGCGAGAUAUUAUGUCUUUAGUGGCACUGAGCCUAGCCGGGAAGUCUACGACGCCCUGUUGGAAGCUAAAAAGACUUGGGAGGAUAAAGAUCUUGAAGUCACCAUGAUCCCCACGUACGACACCGAUACCUUAGGUUACUGGGUUGCCGAUAACGAGGAGGCACUCGCGGCGAACCACAUAGACCUGUCACCCUCCGCGUCCCGGUGCACCAUCAAUCUGCAGGAUCACGAGACUAGUUGCAGCGCCUAUAGGCUCGAGUUCUAGGGAUUGGCAGCCUGCUCAGCCGUAAUAGUCGAGUUCUGAGCGGCGUCCGGAACGCGUCAUCAUUCCGUUUUUGGACUCAUUCCUGCUAAGGGAAAGAAAAAAAAAGACAGAAAAAAGGUAGAACAAAGAGGAAAAACGGAAAACAGGAAGAAAGCAAAUCGAAAAGGUUGAGCUACCACAGGUCGACCUACCGUCCCGUCAGGCGACGACCCUGACCCCUCCAGAAGACCCGAAAAUAAAAUGGCAUUUCGAAUUCGAGAUCCCUUCGCGGUCGUAGCUUCGCGGCCUACUCCAAGCCGGAUCGUAGAAAUCGUAUCGAACAAUGUAGAGGUUGUCCCGAAGAAGGAAGAGACCGACUUUUCCGCGCAGGUCACAAACACCGAGACUAUCUUCUAAGUUAAGACGUUCUUCGUAUCCUUUCUCACGAGGAGACGGUGCGGGCGAUCUGAGAGAAGAAGAAGAAGAAGGUGAGGCAGAGGCAGAGGGAGAGAGGGAAAGGGAUCGUAGGGGUUUGUUCCUUGCACGGAUACAAGGUAUAAAUUUACGUACUUCUAAGCGAUUAAUCGAUAGAGAGAAUUCCACGUUUCGAUCGAGGCUCGCACUGCGUUGAGGUCGCAAUGGCGCCCGUGGCGGGCGUCGUGUCGAUUUCCUAACGGGAUAUUUGUAUUUCUACACUUUGCACCGUUUGAAGCCCAUAGCGCGCUGAUAUCGCCUGCAAUACGUUAAUCAAUCACUGCUCAAAGUUGAGGACGACCGAGACCGAGUGGAUGUUCGAGCGUAGCUACGAUCGGCUAAUCGAAUCGACGAUCCGCAAAUGCCGCGGCCUGGGACAAUCUCUAUACGUUAGUUACCGAAUCAAUUGACUUAGGAUAUUCUAAUUCCCCGACCCGCGACCCUGACCGGAGGGUCGUACGAUCAUGUAUAGUGUCGCUCUCGCGAUGCGAGACCUCGCCCCACCCUCUCCUCGAUCAGCAGAUUAAAGUAAAACUUUUAAUAUCUCUCGACACAGCUGCCGCUUUAACAGCACCGCGUAGUAUUCAGUGUAUAAGUUAACAGAGAGCACGGAACCAGAGGAAAGAAGAGAGUAGACCUGAGUACCGCAGACCAGGUUAUCCCGGAGAGACAGAUAGGGAGGAAGAGAGAGAACGAGAGAGAGAGAGAGAGAAAGAGAGAGAGAGAGAGAGAGAGAGAGAGAGUAAUAGGGAGAAGGAGAGAAAGAGAAACGAUUCGUAUCUCCGAAUCCGUCGGACGCGUCUUUCCUCCGAAAGUGUAAGAUCCUCUGUAAGGGAGCGCGCGAGAUGCGAAGUUCGAGAGGAGAAGACGAUCCACACCUCCGAACAUUUUCCUUCGUUGUUACAUGAUUAACGGUCCCCCUUUCUCGUCGUAAAUGUCUAUUCGUGCGUAGGUCAAACGGCUAAAUUCCAUCGGGAAGUACUAGAUAGGAAUUAUCUGUGUCGUGUUUCUAUAUCGUAGAGAAUAGAGAUUACGAGGAAGUGCGAUGGUUAUGAGAGAGAGAAAGAAAGAGAAGAGAUUUAGAGAGAGAGAAAGAUAGAAGAAAAAAGCCCGUGCGAGAGACGGAUUUCGUCGCUUCGUUUAUCGCGCGCGAUCUAAGGUAGCAACGCAAUCAUCUCGAGAUGGUCUACGAGGUCAUGAGGAGACCGAGUUAGCCGGACGGUCCGGCGAGAAUGUCUCCGAUGACGAAGAAAUUCGAAGGGGAAGAGAGAUAGAGAGAAAGAAAGCGCGAUUCGUUGCCAUGAAGGAGGUGCGACGAUACGAUACAUCUCGAAAAACAUCCAUCCACAGGACCGAUAGUCCAUCUUCGAUCGUUUCUUCGGCGCGGGGAGCCUCGUUUCGCGAGAUCGAGCAACGGGAGCGGAGCUUCAGAGAACAGUGAACCCGUGAAUCUGGCAGUCGACAAGAAUAUGUCUUUGGGAGACAACACCAAGUACUUUGCCAAGGAAAGUCCCAUGAUGAAGAUCGAACGCGUGAGGAAGAAAAAGAGAGAGAGAAAGAGAAUCGACUCGUCCACGUCGAGAGAUGAAGAGCGGACGCUCGGCGACCGGGUCACUGCAGUAUCGCACAAACAGGUCGCGACUCGGAGCUUCCUCGAGGAAAUGAACGUUGAGCUGGAAGUUGGACGACUGUCGACACGGUCAUUGUUUUCUGAGAGCCGUACCGGCGCGAGAUCGCCUACCUCGACGAGAAGAGUCGCUGCUUUUGGAGCAGGCGUGCAUUCCCAGCGGGAGCGGGCGAUCGCAGGGUGACGUCGCGCGGCUCCCGUCCGGGCGAAGCGGACGAGCAAGAAGACCGACCCAAGUCGACGAAACUUUUUGUACUUAACCUUCUCUCAGAGAGCUAGAGCGUUUUAUCCAAGUAAGGUUCAUAGAGCGCGACACGAGAGGAGCUUUGACGAGACGAUGAUGAUGAUGGUGGUGGUGGUAGUGCCGGUGGUGAUGAAUGAUACGAUGAUGGCUGGCGGUAAUGGCGGACAUGUGGACGCCGACGUAGACGAGCGGAUGGCGAAUCGAGCGGAGGGAAAACGUAUCGAACUUAUCGCGCUUACUCGUGAAACCAUCGCAUCGGGAUAUCAUCAUUUUCGCGAGCCGACGGCCGGCCCUCCCCUCCCCAUCCGUAUUCCUCUCACCACGGGAGCGUCCAUAGCUCUCCUCUUGGCGCGAGAGGGUCGCACGUUCACGAGAGCGGGAGCGAGUCUUCGUCGUGAAACUUGGCGCGUUCGCUCCUGCCUAAGCAGCACAAGAGCCCGAGCGCUAUCCUGAGGACAUCCGAGAACAGCCGGCUGAGAGAGAGAGAGAGAGAGAGAGAGAGAGAGAGAGAGAGAGAGAGAGAGAGAGAGAUUCUCAUUUGCGCGACCUCAUGACUUACUUCUCGCGACCGCCGGGCGUUUGUGCUGUCUAGCUCUAGACGUCCCGUUGCCCGUUAUUUCUCUCCCGCGACGAAGAGAGACCAGGUUGUACCAAGUAUCGAUUCUAAACGUUCGUGUAGCUGUACCUUAAGGAGCCCAUCUAGUGCCGAUCCUGCGCGCCGUUCGCCUUUGAAUCGCGAUCCCUGGGCCCGGGCGAUGUUGCACGUCGCGUCGCGCGCUUGAGUCCGAGAAGCCUCCGGAGGAGACUCCCGACGCGCGUCCUGGCUCGCCAUGGCCGCGAUUCGGGGUGGCGAUUCGCGCGAUCCGCGCGGAAAGAGAUCGCUCAUGAGCUUUAGAACCACAUAGCCGGAAGGAGAAGUCGAUAACGAAUGAUAACAAGUGCGAUUAAGCGCGAUACCGAAACUGUAACCUAUAGAGGACACCUUUGCUCUCGACAUUCCCGCGAGAUCCAUGGACGGAGACGACGUCUCGUCAUUGGUGGAAGAGAAAAAGAGGAGACGAUUGACCUCCGCAGUCUCGCGCUCCUCGCGAGUGAGUGCCGUUGUCGAGCGACGGCCAAGAGAAAGAGAGAGAAAAAAGAAAGAGAGAAAGAAAGUCGGGAAGCGAACUUGUCGUGCGCGAGCGACGACUGCGAAAUGAGACACAGGAGGUGAAAUUCGCCAAGGUCGUACGAUGGAUCUCGUCGAAUGACAAUCGGAGGAAGCUCUUCUCUAUACGAGACACAUUCGUGCCUACACGAAAAUGGUGCUCGAUUAAACCGAUCGUCGAUGAUAAUACCCAGGUGGUAUCCGAGCGAGCGAUCAGGAGAGAGAGUGAGAUGGAAAGAGCAUGAGAGGAGAGCGCGAGAGGGAAUGAUGACGCGAUUUGUCUGGUCGACGCAGUCGACAUGCGAUUACCGGCCGCGAUUCGGGCCCGAGUUUUCUAAUAGAUUAGUGCGUAAGUUUUUUACACCGCCCGUCGCAAGUCAUAUACAAUUUUCUGUUCGUCCGAUCGCGGGAUUGGUUCUCCCCUUGCCCCCCCCCCGUCCAAUCAUCCGCAAGCCCAACCGCGCCAGGAUCGCGCGGAUAACACACCACACGAUUGACACGAUACACGCCUGGCAUAAGGAGAAGAAGGUACACGCACCGCAUCCCACAUCCCACACGCACUUUUCAUUCGCCAUUCUUCCCGAUUAUUUAUUACUCAUUCUUCGUUCGUCGGUCAUCGCGUUGCGUUCGCCCUCCCCCUCCCUUCCAACCCUUGGGCGCGACGUACACCGCAUCACUGAGACUCAGCGUGAAAUUCGAUGAAAAUCGGUUAGCCGUGGAAUUCUCAUGAGAGAUUGAUUGCGUUUCCUUCGAGAUUUCUGUGUUCUUUUUUUUCUUCUUCGGCGGAGUCAUACGCGCGAUCAAGACCUUAUCUCGCUGACCGGCGAAAGAGAGGAGGAGGAGGAAGAGGAGGAGGAGGUGGAAGAAGAGAAGGAGAAGAAGCGUGCGAAGGAGAAAAAUUAAUUAAUGUAGGAGAAAACGCAAGCGGAGAGACUUAAGCGACACAUCGAGAAAGAGAGAAGAAAUGAACGAUCGAUAUUGUUAUAAAUACUAUUAUUACUAUGCCGAUUAUUUUUAACGACUAUUGUGCUUGUUAUUAUUGCUACAAUACAUUAUUAUUAUUGCGAUUACUAUUAAUAUUAUUACAUAUUACGAUUACGUUCGCGAGAGCGGGUCAUUAUCAUCAUCAUCGUCGUUCUCUUUCUAUCGUACGAAUAAAGAAGUUUUUAUAACGCUUAUCGAUACCUCUUGAUACGUAUGAUAGCGAGUUGUCGGUGCGCAACGGAGAUCGAGAUCUAAGAGGGAAAUAAAAGGAAGUAGAGUGCAAGAGAGAGAGAGAGAGAGAGAGAG